AUGGCGGAGCGAUAUUCAACGUCGCAGGUUCUUUUCAUUAUUUUAGUCGUUAUGUUCGGGGUUUACAUGAAUAAUCCUCCACCAGAACUUUCUUCAAGGCUUUUAGAAUGGCGAUACAGUGGUAAAUACUUUGGUUAUCAAGGUCUUGCUGUGUUUUACAAAGGUAAAGUACGACUAUCAGGUAGCGGUGAUGCUAACUCCGUUUUAGUGUGUAUUCAUGGGUUUCCUACAAGUACCUACGACUUCUCAAAGAUAUGGGGCUCUUUAAAGUCAAAGUUUGGAAGAGUUAUAGCUGUGGACAUGCUUGAUUUAGGCUUCAGUGACAAGCCAGCAAAUAGAGAUUUCUCAGUAAAAGAGCAAGCAACAAUCAUUGAGCUACUUUUACAAAAUCUUGGAGUAAAAAGGAUUCAUAUUUUAGCCCAUGAUUUAGGUGAUACGGUAGCUUUGGAAUUGUUGGCAAGAUUUGAUGAACAGCAACCGAAUGAGCCUGGCCGCAUUACAAUUGAAAGUUUCUGUCUCUCAAAUGGAGGAAUCUUCCCAGAAACCAACUUUCCAAAGCCCAUUCAAAAGCUCAUGUUGAAACCAUGGAUAAGUGCUAUUGYGGCUAGAAUAUYYAAUUUUCAUAUAUUUCGUCACAGCAUUUCAGAUCUUUUUGGACCAAAUACUAAACCUUCCUGGGAAGAAUAUAAAGAUUUUUACAGUCUGCAUAGACACAAGGAUGGACAAAUGGCUACAUCUAAAAUACUUGAUUACAUAAGACAGAGAUCUGMAAAUAAAGAACGUUGGGUCGGAGCUAUGCAAAAGUCGUCAGUACCAGUUCAUCUCAUUUAUGGGCCGUCAGAUCCUAUCAACCCUCCUGUGAUGCUGGAAAGGUUUAGGCGUAUUGUGCCAAAAGGAACAUACACAGAGCUUGACAAAUCCAUUGGUCAUUACCCACACUGGGAGGAUCCAAAAGGUUUUAUUGAGGGCUACUUUUCAUACUUGAAAAAGUUUGAACAACCCAAGACGAGCAAGAACAAGUAAAGUCAUGGCAGUCUAUUGUUAUAGUGGCAGGUUAGUGUAGUUUAAAAGGAAAUCUGACCACACCAAAUGGAAGCUAAAAUGUAGCACUCAUAAAAAAGUAGGCUGAUUUGUUGUGUUUGUCAAAGUGUGCAAUUAUCCAUAAUCAAUAUUUUAUUUAAUAAUUCUGCAUCCGUAUAGUCGGAUUUAGCAUAAAAUGCUCAAAACCUUUGCAUGAUUUUUUAAUCAACCAAACAAAAUGUUUUUCAUAAAAUGAGUACACAAAUAUCUUUGUAAAAAUGUUUUAUU